UUCUUCUCUCGGGUGUGUUGACCAAUCGGAGGAAAGUAGGGCUGCUGGUUACCGGUCAGCCAGGAAACAGCUCAAAUAUCUAUAAAAGUGCUUUAAAAAUGUCUGGAGUUUAGGAUGGUGACAGCUUUGGUUUAUCUUAUUUAAUCGGAGAUAAACUACAUUUGGUGAACAGUUGCUGGAUGUGAGUGAAUCUUGUAUGAGAAGCAUAGCAGCACAACCCCUGUGCUCUCAAUGAGUAAUGAGUACAUUCUGGAACAUGUCGAUGAACGCCGGCCGCAAGAGAUCUGAGAGCGAGGAGCAGGGUGGUCCAGGCGACCAGAAAGCUAGUCCGGCUCGUCCUUCCUUCGGGAAGAAGCAGCUUCCCUCCAUACCCAAGAACGUAGUUCCAGUCACUAAAGCGUCAUCGCCAGCUUCAGCGGCGCAGGCUACCAACGGCACCCACGCCUCCUACGGACCAUUUUACCUGGAGUAUUCCCUACUUGCAGAAUUUACGCUGGUAAUAAAGCAGAAACUGCCGGGCAUCUACGUUCAGCCCUCUUACAGAUCAGCCCUGAUGUGGUUCGGUGUCAUUUUCAUCCGCCACGGAUUGUACCAGGAUGGCGUUUUUAAAUUCACGGUGUAUAUUCCUGAUAACUAUCCCGACGGAGAAUGUCCUAAAGUGGUGUUUGAUAUCCCGGUGUUUCACCCGCUGGUGGACCCUGUUUCUGGAGAACUGGAUGUCCGGAGAGCAUUUACCAAAUGGAGACGGAACCAUAACCACAUCUGGCAGGUGCUAAUGUACGCACGGACAAUCUUUUACAAGAUUAACACUAUGGAACCUCUCAACCCUGAGGCUGCUGUACUAUACGACAAGGAUAUUCAGCUCUUCAAAAACAAAGUGGUCGACAGCGUGAAACUAUGCAACAGCCAUCUUUUCGACCAGCCCAGAAUGGACGAUCCUUAUGCAAUAAGCUUCUCUCCAUGGAACCCGUCUGUGCACGAAGAGGCAAAAGAGAAGAUGUUCACACACAAAAGACGACCCGAAGACCAGCCGAAAGGGCUCCAAGUUUCAGGACUGUCGUGGGUGAAACCCGGGUCCACGCUGCCCUUCAGUAAAGAGGAGUAUCCGCUCCAGACCUGACUCUGAAUCUGCAGCACCAGAGGUGGUGGGGAUGGUGGUGGUGUUGGUGGUAUUGAAAGUGGCAGUGGUGCAGCAAGACUCCAUCCGAUGCCACUUGGACUCACCAUGGCUGCCUACGUCUAGAAAUCUCAAAGCAGUUCCAUGAACUAUAUAUACAUAUAUAUAUAUUUUUUUUGGCUCAGCUCUAAAACAAUUGCAUAUAGAUCUCCUCUUGCUGAACAAGCUUAAGAUAUUUUUAAACCAGGCUUGAGGUUUGUGGUAUAGACGUGAACGGAAUUUAGUCACCACCCCCAAGGUAAGAACGCAGUCAGAUUGCUUGUUCUGUAGAACUCAUUAUCAAACAUUAUGCACCACCCUUUUUUUUUCCCUUCACUUUUUGUUUAUUUACCUUUUUUUUUGGUUUGUUUCCAAGUGCAACAGACCACCUCACUAUUUUGUGUGAGAAGAUUUUAAUGGUUCUUGGUAGUAAAUUCACAAAGAACGUUCAGUAGGUGGUUAAGAUGUGCAGCUUAUGAUCUGAUUAAAUGUAAAGGAAAAAAAAUCCAAGCUUUUUGCCUACUAAUUAAUGGGCUAGGCUGUAAUUGGAGGAGUGCGCAUUAUUUUACUAAAUUGACCAACAAUAUAAUUUACACACAAGUAAUCUUUGGGCAGGUUUAGAUUUAAUCCAGACUUCUUGAUGAGGAAAAGCCAGCUAGAAUUCGAUAAACUGGUAGAACAGAAAGCUUGGAUUUUUCUAACCUAUAGUUUGACUAAAUGUUGAUUUAGAUUUCUUUUUAUUUAUAUAUAUAUAUAUAUAUAUUUCCCCCUUCCUCUCACCUUUUUAAGCAGGUAUAUUGGACAUCACUACACUUUGUUUGUUUGUUUUAUUGAGAUCAGUUUUUCUUUUUCAGCCCAUUUUUGUGUAAUGAACUAUACUGUGUUUAAAUAGUUUUAAUAUAUAAUGCGGAGCCAGAGGAAUUCCUUUUUAAUUAUGACAAUAACUUAAGCCUCAUUUCUUUCCAUACUGUAUAGCAAACGUCUGUCUGUUAAUAAAUGGACGACGGGCAGAGUUUGAUAUGUAAAUAGUGAUGUUUGUUUGUGCAAAUCGAAAGGCCACUCUUUCAUAGAAAGGGGGGGAAAACCACCUUUUUAUAACCUAGCGGUUUAUUUAUAUAAUUAUUAAACAGAUAAAGCCUUGUUGGUUUUUUUUUGUUUGUUUGUUUUUGUUAUGCUAUUCAUAUUUCUUCACUUAUCCACUUUUUGAUAUGAAGGCGUGGCUGUGUGAGCAAUGUGAGGUUUUAAGACACAAGCAAAUAAAUUGAAUAUUUCAGUUUCACGUCAUGUAUGAGAUGAAGUUCUGCCAGCACCUCAUGAGAAAGUCAAGUGUAUAACCAAAAACUGUGAGAUAAACUGAACCGACUCUUAUUCAAUCAGUUUUGCAUACAUGUAAAGGUUGCAGUAAAUGAUAUCUCCUUUGUA